AUGUCUCAAGCUACCAUUUUCUUACAAAGAUACACCGCAGACCUUGACUUAAAUAACAAGAAGUCAAAUAACGAACUCUUGGGAGAGAACGAAGCACACUCGAAGACUAGGUGUGCUGCCAUGUGUCAAAAGGAGUGUAGUGGUUUUGGAUACAAUUCUGUUAUGAAGAAGUGCCGGACCCACAAGAAAAUCUUUACGUCUAACACGUCUGACGAGGCCGGUUGGAGAUAUUUCUUCAAUGAUUCUGUUUAUCUCCCUAUCUAUAUGUACCUGCAAUGUCAGUCCUUUGAUUCCUUUUCUUCCAUUUCAGUUCCACCUAUUGACUGUAAGGAUUUCCGUGAUAAUGGUCACACUAAUACAGGUGUUUAUGAAAUCUACCCCUUUGGGACCACAUCGCAUCCUCUCCGGGUUUAUUGUGACAUGGAUACUUUGGCGGGAGGAUGGACAGCCAUUCAAAAACGAAUAGAUGGGUCCCUUACCUUUGAUAAGAAUUGGGAUGACUAUAAAAAUGGUUUUGGUGCACCUGAACAGAAUGUCUGGAUAGGAAAUGACGUCAUCCAUCAGUUGACAAUGGGAAAGAACUCCUCCCUCUACGUUUCCAUCACGUUGUCGAAUGGUUCAACACUGUAUGAGCUGUAUGACCAAUUCUCUAUUUCUGAUGAAGCAGACAAGUAUCAACUGUUUCUGUCUGGACCUGUCACGGGAACUUUAGGUGACAGUAUGCUAAAUACUAGUAAUACUAAGGCCAAUUUGUCUGGGAUGUACUUCAGUACCCCAGACAGAGAUAACGAUAAAUGGACUGGGGUUAAUUGUGCUGCUCUCAGUAUUGUUAGAGGAGGCUGGUGGUUUAACGCGUGUCACUUCGCCUUCCUAAAUGGUCAGUGGUACCCGGAAUACUGGGACGAUCCUUGGGAUCCCGCAAUACCUAUAGGAACAUCCGUUAGAAAAACGAUUAUGAUGAUCCGAAGUCAUUAG